AUGAGCUUGAAUCUUCAAGGUUCGAGAAAACCAAACCAAGUGAAUAGUCCAAGUUCUAUAAAAAAGCCAAUCAUUUCUUCAUUACUAUUUAAUUGUAGAGCUCCUAUAAAUGUUCCAAACAGUUCAUAAGUAUCACCAUAAAAUUCUGAAUAAAAUCUACUAAAACCAUUACAUUCUCAUAAAGGAUCUUAGAUCGAUGUUACUAAUUUAACAAAAUUAAUUAAGCACAAUAAAUCUCCUACUAUUGAAGCAUUUGAUACAUAAAAUAAUGAGAAUUCAAGUUCACAAUAAUUUUAAGCAUUAUUUGCUAAAGCUAAAGAAAUUACUUAGAAUAAAUAAAAACCAUAAAUUGUAAAAUAAUAGGUUCAAAUAAUUUAAACAUAAUCAAUUAACUAAUUGAAAGAACUAUUCAAUAAUAAUUAGUAUUGUAGAAAUACUUUUCAUUUUCAUUUUGUUGUAGGAAUUGGAGGUUUUGGAAAAGUUUGGAAAGUAGAACAUAAAAAGACAGGUCAAAUUUAUGCUAUGAAAGAAAUGUCAAAGGCUUUGUAUUUUUAUUCAUCUUUAUAUAGAAUUAUCACAAAAAAAAGUGUAAAUUCAGUUAUGAAUGAAAGAAUUUUAUUAAGCCAAUUAAAGCAUCCAUUUUUAGUUAAUAUGAAUUAUGCUUAUUAAGAUAGAGAAACUCUUUAUUUAAUUAUGGAUUAUAUGUCUGGAGGAGAUCUUAGAUAUCAUAUUGGAAGGAUGAGAAGAUUUAAUGAAGAAUAAACUAGUAAGAAUUAUCUACUAUACUUUUUUGAGGGUUUUUUGUAGCAUGCAUUUUUUUAAGUCUAGAAUAUGUUCAUGAAAGCAAAAUUAUUCAUAGAGACAUUAAACCUGAAAAUCUAGUCUUGGAUAAUAAAGGCUAUGUUCAUUUAACUGAUUUUGGGAUUGCAAGGGUGAUGAAGUCAGAAAACUCUAGCGAUACAAGUGGUACACCUGGUUAUAUGGGUAUUUAUUGAUAUAAUCAUCCAGCACCUGAAGUCAUGUAUAGAUAAAAUCAUACAUAUGCUGCAGAUUAUUAUGCUUUAGGAGUGAUUGCAUACGAAUUUAUGUUAGGCAGAGUAUUAAUAAUAUAAAUAAUUAAGAGACCCUAUGUAGGAAGGUCAAGAUAAGAAAUUAGAGAUUAAAUUAUGGCUAAAUAAGUUCAAAUUAAAAAAUCUGAAAUACCUGAAAAUUGGUCAAUUGAAGGUGCUGAUUUUAUCAAUAGAGUAUUUUAUUAAUUCAAAUCCUUUCCAGCUUUUAUAAAGAAAACCAUAAUAACGAUUAGGAUUUAUUUCAAGUCAAGAAAUCCGUUAGCAUCCUUGGUUUUUUAAUUUUCCUUGGCAAAAAUUGUAAAACUUUGAACUAAUUCCUCCAUUUUAACCAAAUGUAUAUAUGAUAUUAUUAGAUUAGAGGACUGAAGAUAAUUUCGAUUAAAAAUAAAUUCUCAUAGAAGAUGAAGAAAAUAAUGAACUCAUAUAAUAAAAUCUUCUUGUCUUAAAAGAUCCAGUUACUCAAGGUAUAAUUAUCUAAAUCAUUAAGAUCUAUUUUAGGGGUAUGAAUUUAAUGCAAAUCAAAGUUAAAAUAAGAUUUCUUCUACUACUGAUUAAUCAUCAAGUUCAUCAUCUAAACAUAGUAGAAAUUUUAGCCAAUAAAUUGAAAAAUAACAAUAUUUUGAGAGUGGUAAUAAGUGA